AAGUAAGCAGAGCGAGAUGUUAAAAUAAUUUUCCAUUCCAGUUGGUUUACGUAAUAUCUCGCUUCUGAUUGGCUAAAAACCUUUCGUUGCUAUUGGCGAUUAGUCUCGUGAUUCAGCGACUGCGGGUAAGAUAUCAAAACAAUAACAAACCCGAACAAAAUUUUUACGCUAAUUUUGUUCAAUGCUGUUGUCUUUUAAAAAUCUCUUGGAGAACAGACAAUAGAGAGGUCUAACGAAGGAUAACACUCGAUGUAUUCCGAGUGGAGAACAAAAACGCCUGCUUGGGAGGGCGAUAUCUUCGGCAGAUUAACACCACCUCCAGAAGAUAUACUUGCGAUGAAAAGAGGCCUUUUGAACUUUUCCCCAAACAUAUUUGAAGAAGAAUCGAACUGUGAACAGACUUGUACUAUCGAAGAGGAAGACUUGCUGGAUCUGGAAUUUGAUACAGUAUGUCCACGCGAUGUUUUUGGCUUCAAGUGCGGGCCUACGUUGGCCGAACUGAACGACACAAGAUCGCGUUCACCGCUAAUAAACCCUGAAAUGAAACGACUACAUCAGGUAGCGAUUUUAACCGUAGCUGACACAGACGACGAACCUAUGUGCGAGGGCACAUCCGCGGAGAAGGCACAAAGCGGCUCUGUGUUAGAACAACAACUUAGAACACAGCAAACGGCUAGUGUAUAUCAUGAACAACACUUGCCAGGCUAUAGCAAGUGCAGCACAGCUGUGUCAUCGACUGUCAGUAGAUCUGAGAGUAUACCAAUACCUAUUAAGAGAGACCCAAAACUUGCUCAAAGUGUUUGUCUUUCUCCCCCCUCUCCGCAAGAAAGAAAACCUUUUGGAUCUGAGAGAAAGCCAUUUGAGCAUUUCUACUCAACGCAGGGCGUUCAGCAGCACUUCAGUGCACCGCAGUUCACUACCAGUUAUUCUUCCCAUCGCGGGGAGAUAGCUAGCUCGAGUUAUUCUGCAGAGACCGUUUCGAGCUCUCAGCUAUUACAACAACAAGCAUCUCAAACAUCUGCCUCGCAUGAACAGGUAGCAAAUCGUGCGGCUGCGAAUGCAUACCAGAGCGAAAGCGAUGAAGACGAUGAGAUAGACAGUGAAGUCGAGGAUAUGGAAGAAGAGUACUGUCCAUUUCAAAAAGAGGGUAAAAUACAAACUAGACGAAAAGGAAGAAAAAGCGAAAGCGAGGACAUGGUGCCUAAUCCGUUGAAAUUACUGAAAAUAGGCCGGGAGUUGGACAAUUUGAACAAAAUAAUAAGUUCUCUCAAACCGAUCAACGAAGUGCCUCAGCAUUCUCGGGGGCGGUCGAGAAGGGAAAAAAAUAAGCUUGCUUCAAGGGCAUGCCGUCUGAAGAAAAAACAACAACACGAAGCAAACAAAGUAAAACUACAUGGCUUACAAAGUGAACAAGAAAAUCUGAUGUUUUUAAUCAACGAUAUGAAAAAUGAAAUUGUAAAUCGGGCCCAGUACCCAAGAAAACAUGGCAGUUCUUUGAGUGAGAAGUUCAAACAUAUGGCCAAAAAAGCUUUCGAUCAACCAAUCGCUGGUCAUACUUCAGAUUACGUACGCGAGGUUUUGCGAGAGGUCGCUAAAGGUAACAAAACAGGCGGACUAACUUUGCGAAAGUCUGAUGAAACAUAAAGCCAAAUGAUUCAAUCAAUGAAAAUCAAUAUAUGCAGCAACGAGUCUAGGGCAGGAAUAUCAGUACUUAUAAUUACAUAAUCAUGCCGAAACUAGUAACUAGUUCAGAUUAUAUUUCCAAAGGAAAUUCAUAUUCAAAAUACUAAAAGUAAUUCAGUAUAUUGAUGCAAGAAGUUAUGUGCAUGCACAAGGUCAUCGACGGUAUAUAGUUUAUAUAGACGGAAAACUGCGAACAGAAGCGAACAGAGACAUUAUCAUUAGAUACAGGAAAAAGUGCAAACCUUCCUAUGGUAAGUUAGUUUAGGGUAUAUAUAAAAACCCGAGUGUAGUUAAAAUUUUGAGUGGUAAAUGCAUGUUGAGUUUCAUUGCAACUUUUUUUGUUUGAAUGAAGAAACUUCAACACAUUUAUAUUUGGUUAUUCUUUAAACCAAUAAUGUAUGAAAUGCACUUUGCAAGAGGCUAGUUUGUUUAUCCUAGGCAGAAUAUAAGGCGCACUGUAUAUUGUACAAUAAUGUAUAUAGAUAAUUAUAUGUAUGUAACAAUAUGUAAAGAACACUAUCUAUAAAUAACGUUUGGCUGCAGGCUUCAGUUUCCAAGAAUUUUCACAAAAAUUUUGUAAUAAUAAUGUAAUGGGGGUAUACUGGUUAUAAACUCAUGUCAAAUAUCUCUGGUGUGAAAAAUUCGAUAUAAUUAA